AGAGCGCGCCCGCGAGCCCGGAGCGCGGAGCGGGGAGGAGCAGCUUUCGCUACGCAGAACCCGCAGCACCGGCCGGGCAGCGCAGCUCGGAGGUGGGUGGGCCGCGCCGUCAGCCCGCUCGCGGGGUCCCCAUUGGCCGCCCGUCGAACGCCCUCCGCCCGGAAGGCGGCGAGGAGCCAAGAGGCUGCUCGAGAGCCGGAGCGGGAGAGCCAGGCUGAGCCGACUACCAGGACAUUGUUCCUGCCGCGGAGGGGGCACGGCGACCCUCACGGCUGCGGGGUCUGGAGCCUGCGCCGGGGUGGCUGCGGGGGAUCGCGCCCCCGGCUCCCUGCCUCGCUGUGCCCCCACCGCUGUCCCGCUCGUCUGCGGCACUGGCGCCUAUGGUUGGCCUCCGACAGCGCUCUGGAGGGACCCGGGGAGCUCCCGGGCGCCCGGGACUGGACACUGAUGCAUGAGGGUCCCACCGAGGUGCAGGAGCGGUGGUGAUGGUUUGGGAAGCGGAGCUGAAGUGCGCUGGGCUUUGGUGAGGCGUGACAGUUUAUCAUGACCGUGUUCAGGCAGGAAAACGUGGAUGAUUACUACGACACCGGCGAGGAACUUGGCAGCGGACAGUUUGCAGUGGUGAAGAAAUGCCGUGAGAAAAGCACUGGUCUACAGUAUGCCGCCAAGUUCAUCAAGAAGAGGAGGACGAAGUCCAGCCGGCGGGGCGUGAGCCGAGAGGACAUCGAGCGGGAGGUCAGCAUCCUGAAAGAGAUCCAGCAUCCCAACGUCAUCACCCUGCACGAGGUGUACGAGAACAAGACAGACGUCAUUCUCAUCCUGGAACUCGUUGCAGGUGGAGAGCUGUUUGACUUCUUAGCUGAAAAGGAAUCUUUGACCGAAGAGGAAGCAACUGAAUUUCUCAAACAAAUUCUUAACGGUGUUUACUACUUACACUCCCUUCAGAUUGCCCACUUCGAUCUUAAGCCUGAAAACAUAAUGCUUUUGGAUAGAAAUGUCCCCAAACCUCGGAUCAAGAUCAUCGACUUUGGCUUGGCCCAUAAAAUUGACUUUGGAAAUGAAUUUAAGAACAUAUUUGGGACACCAGAGUUUGUUGCUCCUGAGAUAGUCAACUAUGAACCUCUUGGUCUCGAGGCGGAUAUGUGGAGUAUCGGAGUAAUAACUUACAUCCUCCUGAGUGGGGCUUCCCCAUUUCUUGGAGACACUAAGCAAGAAACAUUAGCAAAUGUAUCUGCUGUCAACUAUGAAUUUGAGGAAGAAUUCUUCAGUAAUACCAGUGCCCUAGCCAAAGAUUUCAUAAGAAGACUUCUGGUCAAGGAUCCAAAGAAAAGAAUGACAAUUCAAGAUAGUUUGCAGCAUCCCUGGAUCAAGCCUAAAGAUACACAGCAAGCACUUAGCAGAAAAGCAUCGGCAGUAAACAUGGAGAAAUUCAAGAAGUUCGCAGCCCGGAAAAAAUGGAAACAAUCCGUUCGCUUGAUAUCACUGUGCCAAAGAUUAUCCAGGUCAUUCUUGUCCAGAAGUAACAUGAGUGUUGCCAGAAGCGAUGAUACUCUGGAUGAGGAAGACUCCUUUGUGAUGAAAGCCAUCAUCCAUGCCAUCAACGAUGACAAUGUCCCAGGCCUGCAGCACCUUCUGGGCUCCUUGUCCAACUAUGAUGUUAACCAACCCAACAAGCAUGGGACCCCUCCGUUACUCAUUGCUGCUGGCUGUGGGAAUAUUCAAAUUCUACAAUUGCUCAUUAAGAGAGGCUCAAGAAUCGACGUCCAGGAUAAGGGUGGAUCCAAUGCCAUCUAUUGGGCUUCUCGGCAUGGCCAUGUUGAUACCUUGAAAUUUCUCAAUGACAACAAAUGUCCUUUGGAUGUGAAAGACAAGUCUGGAGAGACAGCCCUUCAUGUGGCAGCUCGCUAUGGCCAUGCCGAUGUGGUUCAGUUACUGUGCAGCUUCGGCUCCAAUCCCGAUUUCCAGGACAAGGAAGAAGAAACCCCCCUGCACUGUGCUGCCUGGCACGGCUACUACUCUGUGGCCAAAGCCCUUUGUGAAGCUGGCUGUAACGUGAACAUCAAGAACCGAGAAGGAGAGACUCCCCUCCUGACGGCCUCCGCCAGGGGCUACCACGACAUCGUGGAGUGUCUGGCCGAACACGGAGCCGACCUGAAUGCCUCCGACAAGGAUGGACACAUUGCUCUGCAUCUGGCCGUGAGACGGUGUCAGAUAGAGGUCCUCAAGACUCUCCUCAGCCAGGGAUGUCUCGUGGAUUUCCAGGACAGGCACGGCAACACUCCCCUCCAUGUGGCCUGUAAAGAUGGCAAUGUACCUAUUGUGGUGGCCCUCUGUGAAGCAAACUGCAAUUUGGACAUUUCAAACAAGUGUGGACGAACGCCUCUGCACCUUGCUGCCAACAACGGGAUCCUGGACGUGGUCCGGUACCUCUGUCUGAUGGGUGCCAGCGUGGAGGCACUGACCGUGGAUGGAAAGACCCCAGAAGAUCUUGCUAAAUCAGAACAGCAUGAGCAUGUAGCGGGUCUCCUUGCAAGACUCCGAAAGGAUACACACCGAGGACUCUUCGUCCAGCAGCUCCGGCCCACGCAGAACCUGCAGCCGAGGAUCAAGCUCAAGCUGUUCGGCCACUCAGGGGCUGGGAAGACCACCCUGGUGGAGUCUCUCAGGUGUGGGCUACUGAGGAGCUUCUUCCGGAGGCGCCGGCCCAGACCCUCCUCCAGCAGCUCUAGCAGGUUCCCGCCCUCGCCCCUGGCCACUAAGCCUGCAGUCUCUGUGAGCAUCAACAACUUGUACCCGGGCUGUGAGAACGUGAGCGUGCGCAGCCGCAGCAUGAUGUUCGAGCCCGGCCUCACCAAAGGGAUGCUGGAGGUGUUCGUGGCCCCGUCCCACCACCCGCACUGCUCGGCCGACGACCAGUCCACCAAGGCCAUCGACAUCCAGAACGCCUAUUUGAACGGAGUUGGUGACUUCAGCGUGUGGGAGUUCUCUGGGAAUCCUGUGUACUUCUGCUGUUAUGACUAUUUUGCUGCAAAUGACCCCACGUCGAUCCACAUCAUUGUUUUUAGUCUAGAAGAACCCUAUGAGAUCCAGCUGAACCAAGUGAUUUUCUGGCUCAGUUUCUUGAAGUCCCUCGUCCCAGUUGAAGAACCCAUAGCCUUUGGCGGCAAGCUGAAGAACCCACUCCGAGUUGUCCUGGUGGCCACUCAUGCUGACAUCAUGAAUGUUCCUCGACCAGCUGGAGGCGAGUUUGGAUAUGACAAAGAUACGUCAUUGCUGAAAGAGAUCAAAAACAGGUUUGGGAAUGAUCUUCACAUUUCAAAUAAGCUGUUUGUUCUGGAUGCUGGGGCUUCUGGUUCAAAGGACAUAAAGGUACUUCGAAAUCACCUGCAAGAAAUACGGAGCCAGAUUGUUUCAGUCUGCCCUCCUAUGACUCACCUGUGUGAGAAAAUCAUCUCCACGCUGCCUUCCUGGAGGAAGCUCAAUGGGCCCAACCAGCUGAUGUCACUGCAGCAGUUUGUGUACGACGUGCAGGACCAGCUGAAUCCCCUGGCCAGUGAGGAGGACCUCAGGCACAUCGCUCAGCAGCUCCACAGCACAGGCGAGAUCAACAUCAUGCAGAGCGAAACAGUCCAGGACGUGCUACUCCUGGACCCCCGCUGGCUCUGCACCAACGUGCUGGGGAAGCUGCUGUCCGUGGAGACCCCGCGGGCCCUGCACCAUUACCGGGGCCGCUACACCGUGGAGGACAUCCAGCGCCUGGUGCCCGACAGCGACGUGGAGGAGCUGCUGCAGAUCCUGGACGCCAUGGACAUCUGCGCCCGGGACCUGAGCAGCGGGACCAUGGUGGACGUUCCCGCGCUGAUCAAGACAGACAACCUGCACCGCUCCUGGGCCGACGAGGAGGACGAGAUGAUGGUGUACGGCGGCGUGCGCAUCGUGCCCGUGGAGCACCUCGCCCCCUUUCCGUGCGGCAUCUUUCACAAGGUGCAGGUGAACCUGUGCCGGUGGAUCCACCAGCAGAGCGCAGAGGGGGACGCUGACAUCCGCCUGUGGGUGAACGGCUGCAAGGUCGCCAACCGCGGGGCGGAGCUGCUGGUGCUCCUGGUCAACCACGGCCAGGGCGUGGAGGUGCAGGUGCGUGGGCUGGAGACGGAAAAGGUCAAGUGCUGCCUGCUGCUGGACUCGGUGUGCAGCACCAUCGAGACCGUCAUGGCCACCACGCUGCCGGGGCUGUUGACCGUGAAGCAUUACCUGAGCCCGCAGCAGCUGCGGGAGCACCACGAGCCCGUCAUGAUCUACCAGCCGCGGGACUUCUUCCGGGCACAGACCCUCAAGGAGACCUCCCUGACCAACACCAUGGGUGGGUACAAGGAAAGCUUCAGCAGCAUCAUGUGCUUUGGCUGCCACGACGUCUACUCGCAGGCCAGCCUCGGCAUGGACAUCCACGCGUCGGACCUGAACCUCCUGACGCGGAGGAAACUGAGUCGUCUGCUGGACCCACCCGACCCCAUGGGGAAGGACUGGUGCCUGCUCGCCAUGAACUUGGGCCUCCCGGACCUCGUGGCAAAGUACAACAGCGGUGGGGCUGCCAAGGACUUCCUCCCCAGCCCGGUGCACGCCCUGCUGCGGGAAUGGACCUCCUACCCUGACAGCACGGUGGGCGUCCUCAUGUCCAAACUGAGGGAGCUGGGCCGCCGGGAUGCAGCGGACUUUCUGCUGAAGGCGUCCUCUGUGUUCAAAAUCAACCUGGAGGGCAACGGCCCGGAGGCCUACGCCUCCAGCUGCAACAGCGGCACCUCCUACAAUUCCAUUAGCUCGGUGGUGUCCCGGUGAGGGGAGCUGUGACCCCAGAGCAAAGCAGAUGCGGCCCAUCCUUGCACCUGAGAUGCCCAGGGCGUUCCUUCCCUCACCCCAUCCCGAGGGCCGCCCGCCCCUCCCUCCAGCUGGCCCUUGGCCCCUGCUGCCCCACUCCCUCUCUCCCAUUCUCUUGUCUGUGGGCCGUCUUCUAGUUCCAGAACUGAGCAGACCCUUGGCUUUGGCCAUUUGAAAAGCUAGUGUAGCUCCUCCGUGUUUUGGACGCCAUCUAGUCCUCCAGUACUUUGCUUUUACUGGAAUUCUACUGGAAUUCCUAACAUUUCAAUGAAAAUUUUUUAGCUACAAUAUGGAUUGUCCUUUAAAAACAGAAAAGUGCACAUUUAUCCCAAGUGUGUAGUUCGUAUACUCUUUGCUUUGUUAGACCAUCUCCUCCUCAGCUUCUCUCUUUUAUAUUUGUAGGAGAAACUCCCACGUAUGGAAUCCCACUGUAUAAUUUAUAAACAGACACUAUGUGAGUGCCUUUUGCAGAAGAGGGUGUGUUUGAAAUCGUCAGAGUCAGCCAGGAGCUGUCACCAAGGAAACGCUACCUCUCUGUCCCUGCUGUAUGCUGAUCACCGCCAGAGGUGCUUCACCCUGAAUUUUCUCAUUUUUAUUCUUUCCAGCGAUUUCUGUGUUUCGUUUGGCAAGGAAAGGAGAGAAAGGGAUCUUCCUCCAGGGUGAUUUCAUGGUCAGUGUUGUUGCUAUGAGAAGACAUUGUCAUUUUCUUUAGUUUCAAUGUCAUUGUAAAUGUCCACAGGAAACCUACCAACUGUCGGCUUCAUCAUUCCCUCUCAUCUCAGGUAGAAAGUUGACACAGUUGCAAGGUUAGGGAGAGCCCUGUAAGAAUUCAGAAGGUCCCUGACUCAUCACUUGUGGCAGUCUGUUGUAAUUGGUGUAUAGCAGAUGGCUUCCACAUUUAGAUCCUGGUUUGAUAACUUCCUGUACUUGAAGUCUCAACAUAGAAAAUAAAGAAGGCAAGUUUUCUUCAGUGAUUUUAAAUUGUGAUCAAGUUUUAAAUUGAUACGAGGGAAUGUGUCCUAAUUCUUCUGUCCUGAGAAGCAUGUGAUGUUAAUGUUAUAUAAUAUGUAUAUAUACAUAUGCACUAUGUAUAUACUUAUAUAUUAAUACUGGUAUUUUUACUUAAUCUAUAAGAUGUCGUAAGAAAGUUUAAGUUUUUUCUUGUUUCUUUUUUUUAAUAAACCGUUGCUUGUUGCAUUA